AUGUAUGUUUCACUGAUAGCAUACGCUCUACUGCAGCAGACAGGAAUCUCCGCAGAUCAGUCCGCAAUUGUGUCUGAAGAGAAACAUGACUUUGGGAGAGAUAGGAGGCAGGACACGCUGGAUUUUGACUUGCACAGGUCCAAUAGGAGGUUCCACGAAGACCUGGAAGGUGAACAAUGGCACGUAGCCCAUCUCAGGGACACGAAGACUGGAUUAGGGGAGCCCACUUGCAAGGGAGAGACCUUCGAACAGACAGCCCGUAAGUAUAGAAGAACGCUAAGGGAAGACGGAUCGCGGGUGAAGUUCGUCUUGGCGGAUCCAUUACCCGUCGAUGAUGAAGACAUAAAUAACUACAAUGAACCCUGCUUGACGGCUGACGGUAAAGCUGAAGGAAGCGGAUACAACAAGAACGAAACUAAGCCCUUUAAAAAUGAUGCAACUGACGAGGAAGCUUUGAACGCGACUAUAAUAGAUGGAAUCGUAACGAAGAAUCCUAACACAGCUACCACCACGGCAAAUGCGGCUCUAAUACCAGACGCCAAUGGUCAAAAUGCGAAAGCCGAGGAAACCAGACGCGGCGGCGAGUAUCAGUUCAGCUCCGUGGAGUACUACGAGGACACGGUGGAUUUCGACACGUCCCAGUGCCCCGACGAGGUGGAGGUCAUCGUGCUGCAGAUAGACCAGCUUCGGAACUACGAUGUGGAAUGCGAGAUCAUGAUUGAGUGGAGGGGCUUGGAG